GACGAUUACAAAGCCAAGCUUUUGUCCGAGUAGUAAGCGAAUGCACUACACACAGAUUCCCAGAUCUGGACUGCAACACUCGCCAAGUCUCAUUCCAGUGUUGACUACUUCAUAGGUAUUAAUACUCGAGGCAAAAAGUAUCCAGACAAGCAUCCAAUCAUGAAUUUUUACCCAGUUCCCCCCGUGAUCAAAGCCGAGUUGUGUCUCCGCAUCCCAGACGACAAGAGGUGCAUCGGCCAGGACUCAGAGUGGAGGGGUGGAUUCGCCCGUAAAUUCCAACACAUCUUUCUCGAAGGUCCCGUGUACGACUCAGACGGUAAUCUCUAUGUCGUCGACAUUCCUUAUGGGAGGAUACUGCGCAUAGACGGCAGCAAAAAUGUCACCGUCAGCUGCAAAUGGGACGGUGAACCCAACGGAUUGGUCGGUACAGCAGAUGGGAAGCUGUUGAUAGCAGAUUAUAAACAGGGAAUUCUUUCAUUCGACCCUGCGGACGGCAAAGUAAAACCCCACCUCACCCGCCGCAACCUGGAGCGGUUCAAAGGCCCCAACGACCUCAUCCUGGACUCCAGGGGGAACCUCUACUUCACCGACCAGGGCCAGACGGGCAUGACGGACCAGACGGGCAAGGUAUACCGCCUCUCCUCGGACGGACGUCUGGACACGCUCGUCGAGAACGGCGCGUCCCCCAACGGGCUCGUGCUGUCCGUCGACGAAAAGUUCCUAUUCGUGGCCAUGACGCGGUCCAACCAGGUCUGGCGGCUGCCGCUGCACGACAACGGCACCACGACAAAGGCGGGCGUGUUCUUCCAGUCCUUUGGCAGCGCCGGGCCCGACGGGCUCGCCGUCGACGAGGAGGGCAGCCUCUUCGUCUGCCACCCGAGCCUGGGGUCCGUGUUCGUGGUGGACGCCAGCGGCGUGCCCAAGGCCAGGAUCGUCAGCGGGACCGACGGCGUCAACCUGACCAAGUGCUGCUUCGGCGGGCCGGAGCACAAGACGCUGUUCAUAACCGACAGCCUCGAGGGCAACGUGCAAAAGGUCGAGUGGCACUGCCGCGGGGCUGUACCGGCUCCGAGGCUGAACAAGGCAAAGGCGUAGGGGAUUGGUUCCAACAUGAGCGGCAGAGAUUUAGAGGCGUUUCGGUUAUACGAGACCAACACGAUGUUCAGGAAGAAACUCACCUCCUAUAGCUCCGGGCCGGCGAGUUGUCGACCAUUGGGUAGC